UUAUCAGCAACUAAGACGUACCAUGAGCUCCCGUCCUCUUCACGUUGUCUUGGAACAUCGCAGCGAUGCCGAGUUCUGUGAUUAUCUCCAGUCUCUCCAAAGGCAGCGACCGCGUACCAUGAACGUCUUUUCGGACUUUCAGUGGAUCCAAACGGGUCAGAUUAUUCGUGGCGAUCAGAGACGAGCUCUCUUUUGCGCAUUGGGCAAGAUGGCGUCGCAACUCAAGCAUCUUCAGAUUGACCUCUUGUGUGACUUGUACAUUCCCGAUGAAGAAGUGGACGCACUCGAGUUCAACUUGAUUCAUACUGAUGAAAAUGAAAAUGAGAACACUGCCACCGUGCAAGACAGCAACAGCGAUGACGAUGACGAAGGCGCCGUGCUGAUUCAGAAACUGCAGGUCCUUCCUUGUUCCAUCCUGACCAGUCUACUGCAACAAGCACCUCAGUUGGAAUCUCUGAGCUUGAAAGAACUCUGGCUCUCGGGAUCCACCCAAGAAUUGGACGAUCUGGUACACUGUCUGACCACCCAUCCCACUCUCCACAAAGUAGACGUAAGGUGGAAACUGACGGGAGGACGACGUCAUCAUCAUGCCCGGAUCCUCGAUCCCCUGAUUGCCGGAAUUUGUCGCAUGCCCCAAUUGACACAUGUCAAUCUCAUGAUCCCACACUGGUCCAACGAAUUGGCGCUCUUGGCGAAUACUAGUAGCAGGCUCAUCACUACGGCCCAAUUGACGGUCGAAUCCAUGGAAUGCCAUCCCGAUGGACUGGCCCAAUUGUUACGAGAUUGGAAACAACAACCUCCCACAAGCCUGCGUCGAUUGGAAUUGUCCGCCUUUUCCAUCUUGCAUCACGCCGGAACCGCACUGUUGGAUCUCUUGCACCACAACGCCCACUUGGAACACUUGGCCGUUGUCGAUCACAACAUUUUUGGCACAUCAUCACAAUCACAAUCAUCACCAUCACCCGAGGACCCACCAUCGUUUGCCCACAAGUUGGUGGCAGCACUGGAAACCAAUACGGCGUUGAAGCAUUUGCAAAUGAUUAGUCGGGCAUCAUGUCGUCGUGGUCGCAAUACCAAAAAAUCCGCGGGGCGACCACUGUUUGCCCGUUUGUUGGAACAAUCCAAUUUGACCUUGCAACAUGUCGAUAUUGCGCAUCAUGAAGGACUCUACUUUUCCGCUCCUGUACUCUCCUCUUUGCGUGAAGGUGGAGGACAACGACGAGAAGAUGCCUUGGACUUUUAUCUCCGGCUCAAUCAAGAGGGAUAUCGACGACGACUCUUGAAGAAUACCAAUCAUCCUAAUGGGAACGACCACAAUAGUCACCACAACAAUAACGACAACGAAUGGUACCGAGCCGUGAAAUAUUACCAACAAGACACGGCCAGUCUGUUUGCCUUGUUGCAGGCGUGUCCAUCGGUCCUGUCAUCCUUGGCCCCCUAGACAGCUACCGCUUCUACUAGGGAACUGUAAAAACCACCUAGCUAGAUGGCUAGCAAAAUGUAAAAACCACUUAUAGUCUGCACAUAUUAUCUUUCUCUUGGGCUCUCUCGUUGU